AGGAAGCAAAAACUUGAUGCUGCAUUGGUGGACAUGAUUGUUAUUGAUAUGCAACCAUUUUCCAUCGUGGAAGAUAAAGGUUUCAAGGCCUUUGUCAACCUUUUGGACCCCACCUACAUUAUCCCGAAUAGGAAGGCCUUGGGAAAAAUGGUGGAUGACAAAUACAAGGCUACCAAGGAGAAGGCUAUGGCUCUUGUGAGCAAGGCCUCUGCUGUUAGCCUGACAGCAGACAUGUGGACUUCCAUUAAUAUGGACGCCUACUUGGCUGUAACGUGCCACUUUAUCACUGAGGAGGUGCAGCUUUCCACAGUGGUUUUGGGGGUUCAAAAGUUUCCCCAAACCCACACUGCAGCUCACUUGGCUGAGGCCAAAGAUGUCCUCAUGGAAGAGUGGGGAAUUAAGGGAAAGGUGACAGGCCUGGUCAUAGACUGUGCUCCCAAUAUGAUUGCAUGUGCCAAUUUACUACAUCUUCGGCACAUAAUGUGUUUUGCACACAUGCUGAAUUUGGUGGUAAAGUGGUCCCUUGCCCAAACCCCAGAACUAGAGGACAUCCGGAGUCGGGGGCGCAAGAUUGUUGGGCAUUUUAAGUCCAGCACCACAGCCAAACAAAAGCUCUUUGAGCUGCAGCGACAGCUGGCCAGGCCAGAACAUAAAUUGAUUCAGGAGGUGGACACAAGGUGGAACAGUACUUUUGCCAUGUUGGAAAGGCUGUUUAAUGAAAGAGAGCCAAUGGGUGCAGUUCUGGCCAGCCUCUCUUCAGACCUUACCCCAUUCACCUCAGAGGACUACCAGGCGAUGCACCAGUGCCUGGAUGCCCAGAAGCCAUUUCACCAGGCCACAGUGGAGCUUUCUGAGGAAAAACAGAAAAGACUGGACUACGGCACUGGUUUGAUUCAGACUGGUUUGACUCUGAAAUGA